UUUUUCUCCUAAUGAACAAUGAAACUAAAGUCAAUCAUUGUUGUGAUGGUUCAUGUCUUUCAAGGUUGCAUUGUUGACGGGCAGACUGCCUGCAAAAGGUCUUCAACUUCAGAAUGGAAACUGCAGCCGACAGUACAUAUAGUGAAGUGGUCCCUGACCCAAAACAUCUGUUCCAACUUCUACGCAGAUUGCUGGAAUACUGAUGUGAAUGCUGUAGAACAUUCAGCUUUGAGUCAUCCCCAGCUUUGUCCUCUACAGCUUCAGUUGGGAGAUGCGCUAUUUGUUUCCUCUGAGCCCUCUUUUCAGUCUCAUGGCAUGAACUUGGCAAAUGUUUCCUUGGAGGAAUUCAUCAGGUGUCCUCAACAAACUGAUAUUCCUCAGCUGCAGAUGAUUUUUGGUUGCAGGUUAAGUGGAAUGCAUCAGAUCGACCCCCAAUGGCUUAGAGUUGGAACACAUUAUUUCACUGAAGUCCCAAGCCGAGGACCACCUUUAUGUAAUUUAGGGCUGAGGCUGAAUGUGACAGUGAAACCACAUCUUUGCCAGCAGUCUCGAAGUGCACCCUUUUGCUCUGGACGGGGCAGAUGUUUAAGUCACAUCUGGGAGGAAGCCUACAAUUGCCACUGUAACCAGCUGUAUUCGGGACAAUUCUGCCAAGAAUUUGAUGUGUGCUCCAGUAAGCCCUGCUACAACAAUGCCUCCUGCAUUAGAAAGGGAGUGAAAGGAGAACUUGAUGCAGAGUCCUAUGAAUGUAUAUGCCCCCCAAUGUUUGCAGGAAAGAACUGUUCGGAAAUCAUUGGCGAGUGCCAGCCACAUAGUUGCUACAGUGGCAGUUGCCACAGGGUUUCUUCAAAUACUUACAGAUGCCAGUGCAAUAAAUAUGCUGCAGGGGCAUUUUGUGAGACAGAUAUCAAUGAAUGUGACUGCAAUCCAUGCAAAAAUGGAGGUUCAUGCAAUGACUAUGUAGGCCAUUUUAAGUGUCACUGCCCAGUGGGAUUUGAAGGUCACCAGUGUGAAGUGGAUAUUGAUGCCUGCUUAUUUCACAAUGUAAGCUGCAACCGUGGAACUCAGUGUGUGGACAAACCUUAUGAACUUGCUUAUAUGUGUGGAACAGCAUGCCAGGAAAACACAGAGUUGUGUGCAAAUGGAGGACGGUGCUUCCACGAUGAAGACAACCAGGGCUAUCAGUGCGUCUGUGUUCCUGGAUGGACGGGACCGACAUGCCUGGAAAAUAUUAAUGACUGUGAAGUGAGCUGGUGCCAGAAUGGAGGCACUUGUGAAGAUGGAAUCAAUGAAUACAGGUACUAA